GGGAGGAGCACGGCCGCGCAGGUGCAGGCUCCCUGCGCCUGCGCUCUACGCGUCCCGCCUCACCAGGUGCGCCCCGCCCCCUACCUGGCCUUCCUCCUUCGACAGCUGCUUCGAGGCGGGCGCCAUUACCUCUGGCGCCCACCGAGGGUCUGGGGGUGUGGUGGGGUUCUGAAGGGUAGAGGGAGUCCGGGGCGAGUGAGGAGCAGAGAAAAUCAUCGUGGGCACAGGAGGCAGAGUAUCCGCACACCGAAGGACCGAGAAAAGGGCUUCCUGGAGAUUUCCCGUGUGGCGAGGGCAGAGGCACGCCCCGCAGACCCCUACGAGCGCCCGCACCUGAACGCAAGGCGCUCCAGUGCGCCUGCGCGGCGAGGGUCUUCCCGCACCUGCUCGCGAGACCCCAACGACCAGAGGCUCGAGGCCUCUCCCCUGGGCUGCCGCGCGGAGUCCGUCAUGGCGCAGCUCUCUGAGCCGAGGCGGUGCGGGGUGCUCCUCGCCCUGCUGGCAUCGCUGCUCCUCUCCGGGGCUGAGGCGGCCGACGAAGAACGUGGCGUCCACGAUUUUUGCCACCUUCCCAAGAAAGUGGGAAGAUGCCGGGCCUCCUUCCCUCGGUGGUGGUACAAUGUCACUGACGGAUCCUGCCAGCAGUUUGUGUAUGGAGGCUGCGACAGGAAUGACAAUAAUUACAUGACCAAGGAGGAGUGUCUUGCAAAGUGUGCUGGCGUCACAGAGAACACCAUCGAUGAGCAGACCAGUGAUAAAGCAGAUUCCUCUGUCCCAAGUGUUCCCAGAAGGCAGGAUUCUGAUGACCCCUCCGGUGAUAUUUUCAGCUAUGAAGAACACUGCAUCGCCAAGGCCGUCACUGGUCCUUGCCGCGCAGCCUUCCCACGCUGGUACUUUAAUGCCGAGGAGAACUCUUGUGAUAACUUCAUCUACGGAGGAUGCCGGGGCAAUAAAAACAACUAUCGCUCCAAGGAGGAGUGCAUGCAGCAAUGCUUCGGCAAGCAGUUGUAUCCUGCCCUGCCCCUUGGCAGUAAAGUGGUGGUCCUGGUGGGGCUGUUCGUGAUGGUCCUGAUCCUCUUGCUGGGAGCCUCCGUGGUCUGCCUGAUCAGGGUGGCACGGAGGAACCAGGAGCGCACCCUCCGCACCGUCUGGAGCUCUGGGGAUGACAAGGAGCAGCUGGUGAAGAACCCUUACGUCCUGUGAACCGCCGGUGCCAAGGGGCUGCCCCCCACCCCCUGCUGAUGAAGAGAAUCUGGGAAGGGAGGGGAGACAAGGGUCAAUGCGCAUGUGUGCUUUUUCAAAUAGAGCGAUUGAUUUGUAUUUGCAUGAUCA